AUGUACGCCACCCGUAUCAACCUCCUCCGCCUCGCCGCCCUCUUCUUCGCGGCGACCGCAACCCUGGCGAUGCCCGUCGAGCCGCAUUCCGACGAACUGCUUCCGGCGGUCAUCUACCAGCUCUCCGCGGGCUUCGACGCGACGCACCCAGCGUUCAACAUCGCCGCGCAAAUUGCGCUGUUCGAGCGCAACGCGUCCGCGAUCCCUGCGCCUUCGUCCGUGCCCGGCGGCGACGCACUGAAGUGGGAGCGCCACUGCGAGACCUCCGAGGGCUCGUCGCACAUCAGCGACGUUGCCUAUGCUGGCGCAAAGCUCAAGUACCUCAAGGCGAAGCCCUGCUGCCAGGUCAAUGAUCAGUGCACUCACCUUGUGGAGUCGUUCACGGCGAGCGUCAGCGUCUGCGGACAGAAACUUACCAACUUUUCUGUUCGCUGCGAUCAUGUCGGGCAGCAGAUUCAGAAGCUUGCGAAACACUGUCAUCAUAAUAAUAAGGCCGGAGGUAUCGCGAGGGUGAAGGGCUUCCUGGAUUUCAACGUCUUCCACUCGGGGAACACGUGA